UGUCAGUGUCCUUCUCUAUGCAAAGUGAACUUCCUCACAGUCUGGUAUAAAGACUUGAUAUCAUGCUGUCAGUUGCAGCAGAAGAAGAGAAGCUCCCAUCAGAUCACCUUCAAUACCAACCAUGUUCUCUGUAGCUCUGCUGCUGCUGCUGGCUGCUGGAUCCUGUGUAAAGUGUGAACAGUUGACACAGCCAGCCUCUGUGACUGUGCAGCCAGGUCAACGUCUGACCAUCACCUGUCAGGUCUCUUAUUCUCUGGGCAGCUAUUGCACAGCUUGGAUCAGACAGCCUGCAGGGAAAGGACUGGAGUGGAUUGGAAGGGCAGCUGUUGGUUACACAACAUAUUACAAAGAUUCACUGAAGAACAAGUUCAGCAUCACCUUAGACUCUUCCAGUAACACAGUGACUCUAAACGGACAGAAUGUGCAGCCUGAAGACUCUGCUGUGUAUUACUGUGCCAGAGAGACACAAUAACACAAACCAUACUACGGCUUUGACUACUGGGGAAAAGGCACAAUGGUCACCGUCACCUCAGGCACUCCAAUCAAACCAACUGUGUUUCCUCUGAUGCAAUGUGGUUCGGGGAGUGGAGACACGGUCACUCUUGGCUGUCUUGCCACCGGUUUCACACCCUCCUCACUGACCUAUUCAUGGACCAAAGGUGGGACUCCAUUGACGGACUUCAUUCAGUACCCUGCAGUACAGAAAAACAACGUUUAUACGGGGGUCAGUCAAAUCCAAGUGAGCAGACAGGACUUGGACGCAAGGCAGACUUUCCAAUGUGCCGUGACACAUGCAGCGGGAAACGCACAGACUGGUAUCGUAUCGACGAUAAUAGGAGCUGCAGCCCUGCACACACAUCAGGACACUUUUAAAGUAGAGCUGAGGGGUGUAGGCAUACUACCAAGCGAGAAGUCAACUAUGGAUACUCGGUUGCGAGAAUUUUUCAUCGAGCGCAAACUUGAAGAAGAUGUGAUCCAGAAACUUGAAGAUGGGAAUAUUGAUGAAACUGUCAUUCCGUUAAUGACAGACAGUGACGAGGCAUCUCUCUAUUGACAAAGACGAAACAGUGGCAAAUAUCAAACUUAUGGCUGAAAAUCUUUUUUUCCCCAAAGGCCUUUCAAAAAAAAACAAAAGUCUUUCACACUGUUCAACUCAUAUUGAGAGCUCACAGAUACAUGUUGAUGUGUCCAAUACAGUAGACGAGUUGUAUAAUCUAAGCAAGGUCAAAAUUCUGCGACUUUAUCUGUGCACCAAAAAGAAAACAGGACAGCAGCCCUCAGGAGUGGAUUGUGAUCACGCAAUAAGCCAGCCCUCAGUGGUAGAUCUCACUAACAAUGAACAGAAUCAGGCCGGUGAGGAUCUGUUGGUGGAAAACAGAAAUUCAGAAUCACCAAACCACUGUGGAAUUAAUGAUGGAGCUUCCAGAAGUGGAUAUUUGGAACUGAGUGACACAUUACCAUGGGAUGGUCUGCUAACUGUGGGCGUAAGCGAAGAUUCUGAUGUAGUUUUUAUUAUAAGUGGGGAUGACAGGCUGGAUGUAAGUGUGGAUAAACCAAACCUUGAAACACUCUUUCCAGAAAAAGAGGAUGAUGCAACUCAUCAAACAGUGGAUCUGUCACCGGUGCUUGCAGGGGAGGCCAAUGUUCCAGACCAAACACUUCCUGAACCACAAUCUUGUCCUGUAACGCCGAUUGUAAGAAGAGGUCACUGUCUCACUGACUUGAUCAGUGCCUUCAAGGACCCAAACAUUAUUGCAUCUGAGGUCAACAUCAAAAUGCGUUUACCAAAUGGAGAGCUUGAACAGGGGGAAGGAAGUGGUGUUUUGCUAGACUGCCUGACAGAAUUUUGGAUGGAUUUCUAUGACAGCUGCACACUGGGAGUUGAAGUGAAAGUCCCUUCAUCACUUUCAGUGUGAAGAAUGGCAGGCUGUAGCUAGAGUGUUUGUAGUAAGGUGGAAACAAGCUGGUUACUUCCCAGUGAAGCUUGCAAUACCAUUUCUGGAAGAGGUGCUGUAUGGCUCGACAACCAGUAGUUUCAAGGAUUCCUUUUUGCUGUAUGUAUCACAAGAAGAAAGAUCUGUCCUCCUGAAGGCUUUGGAGGACUUCAAUUCAGUGGACACAGAUGAAUUGCUGGAUGUACUCGAUGCACAUGAAUGCAAGCAAGUCCCUACCAAGGUCCCCUGUUUUGGCACAGAUUGGACACAAAGUAAUAGUUCAGGCAAUGUUUGUAAUUAAGUGCUGGCGUCCUGUUGUGUGUUCUGUAGCUGGUUUACUACCACCAGAAGGACUGCAUCAUUUCAUUGCACAAAAAAAACCAACUGCAAAAACAGUGAAGGAGCUUCUAAACUUUCCAGAGGAGAUGACAGCAGCCCAGUCAACAGUUUCUCGUUACCUGAAAAGGUACAUUGGGGAAAUUGAUUUCAACAAUCUUCAGCUUUUCCUGCGGUUCUGUACAGGAUCUGAUCUCUUGGAUAAGGCCAUACUAAUUGAGUUCAUAGAAACCACAGAUUCUCUCCACAGACCACAAUCAUACACAUGUGGAUGUGUACUAAAGUUACCCAUUGGUUACUACAGCUAUCCAGAUUUUCGCAGCGAAUUUAACAGCAUUCUCACAGGCUCAAUGUGGGUAAUGGAUGUGGUGUAGGUAACAAUACAAACAAUAACAUGAAGGAUGUGACAGCUCCUUGCUAGACUGGAUGGUUUUGUUAUCUUAACUAUGUAGCCCGUUGUGCCUUUUGUAUGUGCAGCAUUUUAUUUCAUCUGCUUUUAAAGUGGUUGCUUUGUUCUUUCCCAAUCAAAUGGUAAGCUUAAAGGGAUAGUUUUGGUACGUGUGCUUAGUCAGUGUAUUACCUGUAGUAGACAGCACUCAGCACUCUCCGAGUUUGCAGAAGCAGAGGGGAGUGCUGGGACAGAAGCAGAGCAAUACAUUGCUGGGUACGGGGACAGCAACACAGCAACAAACAUAUUUUAGUCACCUAAAAGAAGUCCCACCUCAAAAGAAUACACCAGGUUACCUGUACACUAUAUUAGGAAUAUUUUCAGUGCUUCACCUGGUGGGAAGACUGACGUUUCCUUUGACACUAACCAUAGAACUCCCAUAUGCCUACGCCUAAAGUGCAUCUGUGCUUGCUGCACACUGUAUUACUCCGGUUAGUGCCAAAAGAAACGACUACUUUAUGAGCAGGCGAAGAGCUGAAUAUAUUCCAAAUACAGCGUACAGUUACAGUUCUACAAACUGGGAGAGUGCUGAGCGCUGUCUACUGCAGGUACACUGACUAGGCAUAAGUACAGCUCCACUUCAAAUACCAAAAUCCAAUUGAUUAAGCAUGUUUUAUAUUAUUACAGUUGUUUGUAGCAGCCCCAGUAGAAACAAGAAUGUGAGUCUUGGCUGAUGUUUCAAAGGUGUUUAAAAAUAAAUUAGUCCUUUACAGAAGUUGUUUACACUUUAAAGAAGUUUGAAUAACUUUAUUUUGUAACUUUCAGUAUGAUGCUGGCUAACAGGAGGUUUGAAAACUGUUCUUAUCCUGUUAUUAUGUACAAAAUACAACCUGUUCUGUUUUUGACUAUGGUGUAUUUUGAAAAAGACCAGUAAACCAUUCAAGUUUGUACAAAA